UCGUAUAAUUUGUGUUCCGUGUGUUAACUGAAUGUACUUGCCUAUGAUGCCACAAGUUAGUGUUUCUCUGUCCCUGUACCUUCCCGUAAUGGUCCAAUUGGCAAUAAAUUCAACAGGACCUGAGAAAUCUCAGUGAGAUUUGAUUAGUGAUGAUCAUCUUGGCAGCUCGGUAGGUCGAAUGUGGAGAGACAGUACACUGUUAAAUGCAAAUCCCUGAACAAUGUCGAUGAUCAGAGGGUUUUUAGACUCGAAGUUCAUCGCUCCCUGAAAGAGACUGCACAGAUUGAUCGGGUGGUUAAGAAGGCAAAAGACAUGGUUGUCAUUAUUAGUUGGAACAUUGAGUUCAAAGGUCGGACUGUGACUGUUUCUUUAAGAGCGUCGGUGUGAGGAGGCGGGACUAUGACGUCAGUCACAGGCUGACAGCGCUGACUGUGGACUGAACAAGAGAGCUGAGGCUUGGAACUCUCCUAUGCCCACAAGAGUGGGUUAAUCAUCGGUACACGGAACCACAACGAAUGUGUGUGGCUGUCACUUCGUAUAAUCCAUAGGAGUGGGUUUUGGAAUAUCUUGUGUUAACCCUUGCCUGGGUAUGUUGUGUGGUAACCCCUGGAAGACGGUAUUCCUCUGACAGGUCACUUUCGCUGAUAACUCGUCUGUGGACGGAUUCAACGGAUAAGAACUUCGUCGACGGUUAUUUUGAAGUAACGGCCUUUUCUCUACGUUUCACCCUGGAUUACAAAUAUCUCUCUCCCAUCAUUUAUUCCGUGUAUUACUGAACUUUCCUACUUUACCAUCUCAAGACUCAAUGCUUUGUUCCCUCACGUUCGAUAGUCUGGGAAUUAUAUUUACACAUAUUUACACAUUACACUGGUAACUUUCCUUUAUUUCGUUGUUACUAUAUUAUAAGUCGAUACUACUAAAGACAAUGGCUUUAACAUCAAAACCAGACUCCAGUGUGAACUCUAUUGCUGCUGGUUCGUUUCUAAAACGUUACAGCUCGUAACACAGUUUUAUAGAACUAGUUAGACCACAUCUGGAGUGUUUCAUACAGUUCUGGUCGCUCCCAUUCUCGGAAGGAUGUCGGGGCUUUGGACAGGGCGCAGAAGAGGUUUACCAGGACACUGCCUGGAUUAGAGGGCAUGAGCUAUAACGAGAGUUUGGACAAACUUGUGUUGUUUUCUCCAGAGCGGCGCAGGCUGGGGUGAGAGUGGAUGGACGUUUAUAAGAUUACGAGAGGAAUAGAUAGAGUGGACAGACGAUAUAUUUUUCCUGGGGGUUGAAAUGUCUAAUACAUUUAAGGUGAGAGGUGAUGUGAGCGGCAAGUUUGCUUCUUUCCACAGACUAAUGAGUAGUUGGAGUCUCUGCCUGGGGGUGGGGGUGGGGGCGGGGGGUGUCACCAAUCCCGACACGUCAUCCCGUUUGCCACUCCCAUUUAACCGCAGAUGGGCAGCAUCUGCGCGUCUGUUUCCGAGGCCCCGCCUCCCGAUGAUGUAACAAUCUCUUCGCGCAUGUUCACAGUCUCCGGGUGGACGGUGUUAUCCUCUCCGCUCAGAGCUGAAGUGGGUCGGUGGUGUGUUCGGGAAAGACUUUCGUCUCUUCCGUCGGGAUCACUGUCUGCGGGCCGAAGAUAUCACUUUCCCAUCGUUAGACCUGCGGUGCGAGGUUUAUUGGAAGAAAAACCGCAACUGGAAGCAAACCACGACUGAAGAUGAGGGAACAGCAACAAAUGAACCAGCCCGAGGACUGAGAGCAUCAACUGGAGAGGACCCAUCUGACUCAGUGAUUCAGUCAGGAGAAAGUUUGUUAGACCUGUGGUGAGAGAUUUAUUGGAAGAAAAACCGCAACUGGAAGUAAACCACGACUGAAGACGAGGGAACAGCAACAAGUGAACCAGCCCGAGGACUGAGAGCACCGACUGGAGAGAACCCAUCUGACUCGGAGAUUCCAGUGAUUCAGUCAGGAGAAAGUUUGGUUAAAAAUGAGAAGGAAUUAGUCUCCAGGAAGCUCAAGCACGGCACAACAGUUUUGAUGUCUCUGUCUAGAUGUUUAAAAAGUGGAGCAAGGGAACCAAUUGACCAUCCUUCCUGUUCAGACUGUGGGGAGGGAUUCUCUCGGGCAUUAGACCAACUGGCACGCCUGUAAUUUACACAGGAGAAAGACCGUUCACCUGCUCAGACAGUGGGAAUGGAUUCACUCAGUUAUCACAAUUGAGUGUACAUCAGCAAGUUCACACUGGGCAAGGCCAUUCAUCUGUUCUGUGUGUGAGAAGGGGUUCAGACAGUCUUCUCACCUGUGAACACACCAAUCAGUUCACACCACACCGGGCAGAGGCUGGUCAUCUGCUGAAAUUCUGGGAAAGGAUUCACUCAGUCAUCUGACCUAAUGGCUCACCAGCGAGUUCACACUGGGGAGAAGCCAUUCACCUGUUCAGUCUGUGGAAAGGGAUUCACUCAGUCAUCCAACCUAUGGAGACAUCAGCGAGUUCAUACUGGGGAGAGGCCGUUCACCUGCUCAGUCUGUGGGAAAGGAUUCACUCAGUCAUCCCACCUACUGGAACAUCAGCAAGUUCACACUGGGGAGAAGCCGUUCACCUGCUCAGUCUGUGGGAAGAGAUUCACUAAUUUAUCUAGCCUACUGAGACAUCAGCGAGUUCACACUGGGGAGAAACUGUUAACCUGCUCAGUCUGUGGGCAGAGAUUCACUAAUUUAUUCAGCCUACAGACACAUCAGCGAGUUCACACUGGGGAGAAGCCAUUCACCUGCUCAGAAUGUGGGAAGGGAUUCACUCGGUUAUCUACCCUACUGGUACAUCAGCGAGUUCACACUGGGGAGAAGCCAUUCACCUGCUCAGUCUGUGGGAAAGGAUUCACCCAGUCAUCUCACCUACAGAGACAUCAGCGAGAUCACUCUGGGGAGAAGCCAUUCAACUGCUCAGUCUGUGGGAAAGGAUUCACUCAGUCAUCUACCCUACUGGUCCAUCAGCGAAUUCACACUGGGGAGAAGCCGUUCACCUGCUCAGAAUGUGGGAAGAGCUUCACUCAUUUAUCCAACUUAUGGAACCAUCAGCAAGUUCACACUGGGGAGAGGCCAUUCAACUGCUCAGUCUGUGGGCAGAGAUUCACUAAUUUAUUCAGCCUACAGAGACAUCAGCAAGUUCACACUGGGGAGAAGCCAUUCACCUGCUCAGAAUGUGGGAAAGGAUUCACUCGGUCAUCCACCCUACAGAGUCAUCAGCGAGUUCACACUGGGGAGAGGCCAUUCACCUGCUCAGAAUGUGGGAAGAGAUUCACUCGGUCAUCUGACUUACGGAGUCACCAGCGAGUUCACACUGGGGAGAAGCCGUUCACCUGCUCAGUCUGUGAGAAGGGAUUCAACCAGUUAGGUAACCUACAGAGACACCAGCGAGUUCACACUGGGCAGAAGCCAUUCACCUGCUUAGUCUGUGGGAAGAGCUUCACUCAUUUAUCCAACCUAUGGAAUCAUCAGCGAGUUCACACUGGGGAGAGGCCGUUCACCUGCUCAGUCUGUGGGAAAGGAUUCACUCAGUCAUCUACCCUACUGGUACAUCAGCGAGUUCACACUGGGGAGAGGCCGUUCACCUGCUCAGUCUGUGGGAAAGGAUUCACUCAGUCAUCUACCCUACUGGCACAUCAGCGAGUUCACACUGGGGAGAGGCCUUUCACCUGCUCAGUCUGUGGGAAGGGAUUCACUCGUUCAUUCACCCUACAGAGUCAUCAGCGAGUUCACACUGGGGAAAAGCCGUUCACCUGCUCAGUCUGUGGGAAAGGAUUCACUCAGUCAUCUACCCUACUGGCACAUCAGCGAGUUCACACUGGGGAGAGGCCGUUCACCUGCUCAAUCUGUGGGAGGGGAUUCACUCAGUCAUCUACCCUGCUGGCACACCAGCAACGAGUUCACACUGGUGAGAAGCCAUACACCUGCUCAGACUGUGGGAAGGGAUUCACUUGCUCAUCGGAACUGAAGGUACAUCAGCGAAUUCACACUGGGGAGCGGCCGUUCACCUGCUCAGACUGCGGGAAGGGAUUCACUCAGUCAUAUCAGCUGAAGGUACAUCAGAGAGUUCACACUGGAGAGAGGCCAUUCACCUGCUCAGACUGUGGGAAGGGCUUCACUCGGUCAAUCGACCUCCUGGGACACAAGUUGGUUCACACUCAGGAGAGGCCGUUCAUCUGCACAGACUGUGGGAAGGGAUUCACUGCGUCAUCUCAACUACAGAGACACCAGCGAGUUCACACCGGGGAGAGGCCAUUCACCUGCUCAGAAUGUGGGAAGGGAUUCAGUCGAUCAUGUCAACUACAGACACACCGGCAAGUUCACACUGGCGAGAGGCCGUUCAUCUGCUCGGAAUGCUCAAAGGGAUUCACUCAGACAUCUCACCUACUGAGACACCAGCGAGUUCACACUGGAGAGAGGCCAUUCACCUGCUCAGACUGUGGGAAGGGAUUCAUUUGCUCAUCCCAACUGAAGGGACAUCAGCGAGUUCACACUGGAGAGAACCCAUUCACCUGCUCAGACUGUGGGAAGGGAUUCACUUGCUUAUCCCAAAUGAAGGUACAUCAGCGAGUUCACACUGGAGAGAGGCCGUUCACCUGCUCAGACUGUGGAAAGGGAUUCACUCGGUCAUCCCAUCUGAAGGAACAUCAGCGAAUUCACAUUCGGGACAGGCCAUUCACCUGCUCAGACUGUGGGAAGGGAUUCACUCAGUCACACGAAUUACUGGUACACAAGUCAGUUCAUACUGGGGAGUGGCCAUUCACCUGCUCAGACUGUGGGAAGGGAUUCACUCUGUCACACGCACUACUGGUACACCAGUCAGUUCACACUGAGGAGAGGCCGUUCAACUGCUCAGUCUGUGGGAAGGGAUUCACUUGCUCAUCCCAAAUGAAGGUACAUCAGCGAGUUCACACUGGAGAGAGGCCGUUCAUCUGCUCAGUCUGUGGGAAAGGAUGCACUAGUUCAUCCCAACUGAAGGUACAUCAACGAAUUCACACUGGGGAGAAACCGUUUACCUGCUCAGACUGUGGGAAGGGAUUCACUUGUUCAUCCCAACUGAAGGUACAUCAGCGAAUUCACACUGGGGAGAAGCCAUUUACCUGCUCAGACUGUGGGAAGGGAUUCACUAGUUCAUCCCAACUGAAGGUACAUCAGCGAAUUCACACUGGGGAGAAGCCAUUUACCUGCUCAGACUGUGGGAAGGGAUUCACUUGUUCACCCCAACUGAAGGUACAUCAGCGAAUUCACACUGGGGAGAAGCCGUUUACCUGCUCAGACUGUGGGAAGCAAUUCACUCAGUCAUUUCAACUACAGAGACACCAGCGAGUUCAUACUGAUUAGAGGCUGAUCAACUGAUCAGACUUUGGGAAAAGUUUCUCUCGGCCAAAUCAACCAAAUUGUGCAUCAUUGAGUUCAUACUAGGAAGAGGCAGUUCACCUGCUGUGAAUGUGGAAAGGGAUUCAUUCACUUAUCUAUCCUUAUGACACAAUACCUGGUUCACAAUGGGAAGAGGCGAAUCAGCUGCUGUGAACGUGGAAAGGGAUUCAUUCACUUAUCUAUCCUUAUGACACACUACCUGGUUCACAAUGGGAAGAGGCGAGUCAGCUGCUGUGAACGUGGAAAGGGAGUCAUUCAUCUGACCUGAUGUAAAUCUCGCUUCGGCUAGCAGCUUAAUAUAUGGGGGCGUUAGCCACUCAGCCCGGUCAAACAUAAGAAAUCUCGUUUGGGUGGAUGCUGUGUGGUGUGUCCCAUGUUAUAACUAAGUACCCUGAAAUAACAAAUGAUACACAAUAUGUGAUUUAAUGAUUGAUCUUUAUAAUUCAUUCUUUGACUAUAGGGUUAGUAAAGAAAUCAAAAGAAAAAAGGUCCCCCUCUCUCCGUUCACAUCUUCUCAUCUCUCCCCAGCAAAAAAACACAAUAAUCUCUCUUCCAGACUCACAAGAAAAAAAAAAAUUCUGCCAUCGGAAAGCCUUGCACUCCAAAACCCUGUUAUCACUAGUCAUAACCUAAAUAUUGCUGCUACAGAGAAACCAUUACAUCAGCAGUGAAACCUUACAGCGUGUUACACUUGUGACAGACUAGCGGGUUCACACUGGGGAGAAAGUUUCAAUAAGCUUCAUGCUGGAUAUUUGUCCAUCACCAUCGCUGAAUGCUAUUUUGAGAGUGACUGUAAGUGCUGAACUCUGCGAUUAUUGCUGCUGCUCACCACACCCAGUUCUGCACCCUGGUCACUGGGCAUGGGAGGAGAUUCUCCUGCUGCGCAUUCAACUUUACUGGGACAGGAGUUUAAUAUUCUGCAUCUGAGACAAAUAAAUCUGUUCCAUUUUAAACCCUGUCCUUGGUACUUACUGAAUUUACAUUACACCUAUUGUACAGUAGAGAGUCACCACAGGCUGGCUGAACCCUGCCAGUGAUUCUGUUCCAGGACAGUCCUCUUAAAUCUUCCCCUGUUGUUCACCUCUUCCUCUGUCUGUAGUGAUGGGUUCCAAACAGUCACCAAUCUGUUUGUGAAGAGGUUUCCCUUGAAUUCUCUGCAGACUGAAGAAGUUAAGCUGACUGCAAUUCUGUCUGAGAUGUUCUUUACCCCUGAAAUCUCUGGACUGAGGAAGAAUUAAUUUUGGAGUUACCCUCCUUACUCAUGGCUCAUUACCACAUUAUUGGUCAUUUUCUCUGCUUCUAAAGGGUUGUUAGAAAACACCACUGUCUUCCAAAGACUGAAAGCAGAAUGGUAAACCAUUAGCAGGACGUUCAAUGGAGCAGGGUCAGAAACCAGAGACAAAUCUGCACAGGGCAGAGUUUGGGGCUCUGGAAGAUGGUUGGGGUAAGAACAUAUGAUGAGGAGAAGGGAAUCAGCAGUGGGGUAUGGCAACAAAUGACAGAGUAGCAACAUUUGGAAGCAGAUUGAUGGAGAAAAUCUUUUGGUGGUUUGACUGAUAACAAACUAUACCCGUGUGACAUCUAUGUGUUUGGAAUGGUUUCAAUUAUUGAGGGUGUUGUUCCUGCUUGUUUAUCCUGUAAUAUUAUGUCUGGAUAGUUAUUAUAGAUUGUCCUAUCUGUAACAAUGUAUUGAUUAUCAUAUCAUUUGUAAGAUUUUGACUCUGAAACUGGAUCAGGCUUGAACUUACAGGCUUGUCUGAAGUGAUGGAGGGCAAUCAUGAGUCAGUAUUUUAAAGCAAGAAUUUGCUGAAUGAUAUUUUAUCUUUAUAAGUAAUCAGUUUGAGUUAAAUUCCUGCUGGAUCCUGGAAUGUGUUGGAUUGUGUCUGGUUUCUCUUGGCAUUUCCAGCACUUACUGCUUUCAAUACAAACAAUAUUGUAUGUAUUUUUGAUUUUAUUUUCCCCUUUUGUUAACCAGCUUGUCUUGUAUUCCUGCAAGGAACCCCUCUGUUUCUGGUAAGAGGAGUCCAACUGUCAGUCAGGUGCUCGAUGCUUCCUUGUCAACAUCUCAUCUGCUGAGAUUGUUGCGAUGCCAUACUCAUACCACCUGCUAAUGAUUUCUUCCAGAGUGAUGAUUUAUUUUUCUGAGUUGGCCUCUCAGUUAAUUUUUCUGAUCUGUAUUCCGUAUCACAACUGUAUAUACACACAUGGAGUGCUGAAUCCAGUUCAUUUUUCUUGAAAAUAUAGAAGUUUUAUCUGACUGUUGUGUGAUCUUUCCUCGUGUGUUAUUCCUGUUCCUCCUUCUGUCCAGGGUCGUGUUAAUCUAAGUGAGUUUCAGUGUAAAUACUCUUUUCUAAAGCUUUCUAAAGUUCUUAUUUACCUUUGUAAGUUGUACUGAUUGAAAUGGGACAAAUAUAUUUUUCUUAUUAAUAAGUCAAUGCCGGUAUUGAAGAAAGUGUUUAUUGCCUUUGUUGUAUUUGUUAACUAGUGAGCUCUGUUUGACAAGACUUCUUAAGGUGUGAACUACAUUUUUUCAAAUGUUUUCCCUAUUUUGCACUACUUUCUAUUUCUUUGCUUGUUGAUAUUCCAGAUAUGUGGGUAUCAAGAGUCCUGGUGAAGGGUCUUGGCCUGAAAUGUUGAUUCCCAUCCAUAGAUGCUGCCUGACAUGCUGAGCUCCUCCAGCACUUUGUGUGUAGUUCUCUAGAUUUCUAGCAUCUGCAGGUCCUCUUGUUUCUCAGAUACUUAUAUAUUUAUUGAAAGAACAAGACAAGAACAAGCUGGUAGUGGGGUUGUGUGGCUCUGUUGGUAAAAUAUUAGAUACAAUCAUUAGAAAGUGGUGGCAAAGGGUUGGAAGUUGUAGAAUUAAAGAGCAGCAAAUGUAAAAAAAAAAUCCCUAAUGGGAAUUGUACAGAGACCUUCAAACAGUAGUAAGAAUGAGGUCCUGAAAUUACAAUGGGAGAUAGAAAAUGCGUGCCAAAGGGCAAUGUUACAAUUGUCAUAGGGGAUUGUCAUGCAGGUGAUUAGGAAAAUCGGGAUGGUGUUGGUUUGAAGAGGAGGAAAUCCUAGAAUGCCUACAAGAUGCUUUUUAGAGCAGCUCGUGGUUGAGCCCAGUUGGGGAUCAGCUAUUCAGGAUUGGGUGUUGUAAUGAACCGGAAUUAAUUAGGUCACUGAAUUUCAAAGAACUUUCAGGGGUAAAUGAUCUUAAUGUGAUCAAAUUCACCCCAACAUUAGAGAAGGAGAAGUUAAAGUCAAAUGUGGAAUAAAAAGAAUUAGAGAGGCAUGAGAGAAAAAUUGGUCAAAAUUGAUUUAAAAAGAACACGGGUAGGGAGAAAACAGUGCAGCAAUGGCUGGAAUUUUUGGAAGUAAUUUGGAAGGCAUAGGAUAUACAUAUGCAAAAGUUUGGGCACCCCGGUCAAAAUUUCUGUUACUGUAAAAUAGCUAAGCGAGUAAAAGAUGACCUGAUUAGAAAAGGCAUAAAGUUAAAGAUGACACAUUUCUUUAAUAUUUUAAGCAAGAUUACAUUUUAUUUCCAUCUUGUGGUGAACUACAUGUACCUGUCUGGACAUGCCCCCCCCCCCCCCGCUGAUUGUUCCUGUGGCUCCUCCCACAGACCCCGGUAUAAGGGAUUGAGGCCUGAGCCCUGGCCUCAGUCUCCAGGAUGUAACAUGGUGGUUAAUUGCUUCUUGUUCUUUCUUCCAGUCAAUAAAAGCCGAUAUCUCGC